AAUGGGUACAUGUAGCGCUACAGUACCAAGUCCAAUGCACCACCUUAACAGUAAAAGGGUUGUUAAGGAUACUUUUUAGUGGGGCCGUGCGAAAGGCUCCAUUUCCCUUAGAUGCACCGCUUUCCAGAUCUAGGUCCGGGCCAUUGAUAUUCGUUGCUCAGUGCUUCGGAAGUAAGAUUGAUGGAGAGUAAUGUUCGAGAUGAGGAAACACGAGCUCUGAAGCAACACGAUCUUGAUGUUGCAGACGUUGCCGCGCAAGUGCGGGCUUUUCACCAACGCGGCGAGCAGUUCAGGAUCUACCAUGGCUCAACCAACAGCACGAGGAAGUCCGCGCUGGGAAGGGAUCCACGGACCGUAGUCGAUACGAGUCGCCUAAAUCGUGUGCUUUACGUAGACGCGGAGUCAAAGUAUGCACAGGUUGAACCAAACGUACCAAUGGACAAGCUUGUCGAGCAGACACUGAAGCAUGGCCUGAUCCCUUCCGUCGUGAUGGAAUUUCCCGGCAUCACUGUGGGUGGCGGUUACGCUGGUACAGCGGCUGAAAGCAGCUCUUUCCGGCAUGGCUUCUUUGACCGCACAAUGGACGAGGUCGAGAUGGUGCUGGCAAAUGGCGAGGUGGUGACGUGCUCCGAGAAACAGCGAGAGGACCUCUUUCGAGGGGCCGCCGGUGCGGUAGGCACCUUGGGCGUCGUGAGUAUGGUGAAGCUACAGUUGCGGAAGGCUACGAAAUUCGUCGCAACAACGUACCAUCCAGUAUCUGGUAUGAAGGAAGCGAUGGCGAAGCUACAGAGUUUCACGAGUCCCAGUAGCGAAUGGGACUAUGUAGAUGGCAUCAUGUACUCGAGGACACAAGGGGCGAUCAUCACAGGCCGAAUGACAGACACUGCAAACCCAGACAUACCAAUCCAGCGCUUCAGCGCCGCCAGCGAUCCAUGGUUCUAUCUCCAUGUCCGUGACCAUAUAAAGCAGACCGAAGGACCCAUCACCGAGCUCGUUCCAUUACCAGAGUACCUUUUCCGCUACGACCGAGGUGGCUUCUGGGUCGGAGCCGCCGCGUAUAGCUACUUUCCAGGCGUACCUUUCAACAGCCUCACCCGAUGGUUUCUCGACGACUUCCUCCACACACGCAUGAUGUACAACGCGCUGCACAGCAGUGGGCAGUCUGAGCGCAUCAUCGUUCAGGACUUGGCGCUUCCGUACGGUUCGGUGGAGGAGUUCGUGGACUUCACCGACAGCAGGCUUGGUAUAUGGCCAUUGUGGCUAUGUCCGCUAAAGCAGAGUCCCCAACCGACAAUGCACCCGCACUUGAAGCAGAAUGACAGCGAUGGAAGGACACUACCGCCGAUGCUCAAUGUCGGGCUCUGGGGUCUAGGUCCUACCAGUCAUGAAGCGUUCGUGCAAGCCAAUCGCGAUGUCGAACAGAGACUUCACGAACUCGGUGGCAUGAAGUGGCUGUACGCACAGACAUACUAUACGGAGGAAGCCUUCUGGCAAGACUUUGACAAAGGUUGGUACGAUGGCCUGCGGAAGAAGUACCACGCAACCUCGCUGCCAUCCGUGUACGACAAGGUCAGAGUUGAUGUCGAGAGUGAGCGCAAGUCAGCAGCGAAUCGUUCUUGGCUGCAGACGGUGCUACAUACGUGGCCCUUUAGCGGGCUCUAUGGCUUGAAGAAGGCUAUUGACUCUGGAGACUACCUAUUGGCAAGGAACGCGGAGUGGAAGAACUGGGUACCAAGAGCAUGACUCACGCUUGAGCGCUGUUUCAAAUGUGCAGUUCCGAACAUGGGCAUCGCUCUCGAAUCGCGAAGUGGACUCAGUCGGACAUCGCGGGUGCUGAGGGUUUCAGCAGACCAACCUCUAGAUCUAGCUGCUCGCAGCCA